UUACUAUAGCUAUUAAAUAAACAACAUUGCAAUGUCUGUGGUAUAGUGAUUUGUGAUAUUUGUAAUUUAAUUCAAGAUGACUGGGUUUUGUGUGUUGGAGUUGGAUAUGAAAAGAUUGAAUAAUAAAACUAAUUUACUGUGUGAAAGCUAUAAUGAUUUUGAAGUAUGAAUUGGAAGAUUGACACAGAAUGUAGGAUCGGCAGAGAAAAUUUCAUUUGAGUAAAUUAUAAUCGUGUGUAUAAAUUAAAAUUAAAAAUAUGUUCCAAUCAAAAUUUUUACUACUAGCAAUUUGUUUGGUAUCGGUUAUGUUAGUAAUAUAUUUUGAAAUACAAGUCACGCAAAUUGAAAAUGGAAAACAGAAAUUGGAGCUGGUGGUUGCACGCCUUCAGGUGCGGGAGUUGGAGCAGCGGCGACUGGCACAGGCCCGCACCGGAGUCCCAGACAGCGCCCGCAACUCCGUGGUCAUCUACAACCGUGUGCCGAAAACUGGCUCCACCAGCUUCGUGGGGGUCGCGUACGACCUCUGCAAGCAGAACGGCUUCCGUGUCCUGCACAUUAACAUCACCGGGAACAUGCACGCUCUGUCGCUGGCGAACCAGCUUCGUUUUGCUGAAAAUGUGUCGCAUUGGGAUGCCAUAAAACCUGCUUUUUACCACGGACACGUUGCAUUUGUGGACUUCUUGAAGUUCGGAGUGAAUCAACCAAUAUAUAUAAAUAUUAUUCGAAAACCAUUGGAUCGACUUGUUUCUUACUAUUACUUCUUACGGUACGGUGAUGACUUCCGCCCUCAUUUGAUCAGAAGAAAACAUGGCGAUAAAAUGACGUUCGAUGAGUGUGUGGAGCUGGCUCAGUCGGACUGCGACCCCAACAACAUGUGGCUUCAGAUCCCGUUCUUCUGUGGCCACUCGGCGGAUUGCUGGGAGGUGGGCAACGAGUGGGCUCUUAGUGAAGCCAAGAGGAAUCUUCUGGAGCACUACUUCCUCGUCGGUGUGACAGAGGAGCUGGGAGACUUCAUCAAGGUUUUGGAAGCCACAUUACCAAGCUUCUUCCAGGGAGCGUCUGUGCAUUAUGAAACAAGUAAUAAAUCGCACCUUCGUCGAACUGCGCAGAAGUUGAAUCCAUCUCCCGACACAGUAGCUCGUAUCCAGAGCUCGAAAGUUUGGAAAAUGGAAAACGAGUUGUAUGAGUAUGCUUUGAAACAGUUUUAUCACACGAAGAGAAGAACGUUAAGUGUUAAAGACGGAGGGAGUGUUGAGAAAGAGCAGAACUUCAUGUACGAGAAAAUACGCCCAAAGUGAAUUUGCAAACAAUUCAUUUUGGUGUGUGUGUUUGUGAAGAGAACUACAGUACAUUCAAAACUGUGAUAAACCAAGAUUUUAUAGUUCCUUGUUAUCAGAUAUAAGUUUAAGAUUUAGAUUUGUCAAUUUUAAACAGAACUUGCAGAGUAUUUCUGUAGUGCAACAUGUGACAAUUGCAAUAAUGCAUCAUGUGACAUGUUUUUGAUAAAGUGUUUGUACGUAUUUAUAUUAUAUUUAAUUUUAACUUUUA